AAAGCGACAAUACUGCUUUCGAUAUUUCCGUGACACGCAUAUUUUUUAGAGCAAGAAGAUUUAAAACACCUCAUCUCUGAUUUAAACUUCCCUGAAAAUCACAUCAACGCCCUCCUAGCGGAAUCAGGGGACACUAAAAUUAUUGUUCGCAUAAAAAAGUCUUCCAUUUCGUUUAGUUAUUUUUGUCUAUUUUGGUAUUCAGAUUUUAAGUUUUCUCCGUUUUCUCAAUCCAAAAAUAUGGCAACUUCUUCCAACCCCUACGACAAUAAAAUUUGUUGUCCUUAUCAUCCAGGAUGCCCUCUUAUCGAAGAUUACAGAGCUGGGGAUCAAAUUUGCCCAGAAUGUGGAUUAGUUGUCGGAGACAGAGUGAUAGACGUAGGAUCAGAAUGGAGAACAUUUAGCAACGAAAAAGCAGGGGUUGAUCCAUCUCGUGUUGGAGGUCCCGAAAAUCCAUUGCUAAAUGGCUCAGAUUUGUCAACAAUGAUUGGACCAGGAACUGGCGCAGCUUCUUUUGACGCAUUUGGCGUUUCAAAGUAUCAAAAUCGACGCACUAUGAGUAGUUCAGAUCGAGCCUUAAUCAACGCCUUCAGAGAAAUAAACGGAAUGGCGGAUCGUAUAAAUCUGCCAAAAACGAUCGUAGACAGAGCAAAUAAUCUUUUCAAGCAAGUCCACGACGGGAAAAAUUUAAAGGGUCGAGCAAACGACGCCAUCGCCUCGGCAUGUCUUUAUAUCGCCUGUCGCCAGGAAGGUGUGCCCAGAACUUUUAAAGAGAUUUGCGCUGUGAGCAAGAUCAGCAAGAAAGAAAUCGGUCGAUGUUUCAAGCUGAUUUUAAAGGCUCUCGAAACCAGUGUCGAGCUAAUCACGACUGGAGACUUCAUGUCGAGAUUCUGCGCCAAUUUGGGUUUGCCUAAUGUCGUACAGAGGGCAGCUACUCACAUUGCUAGAAAAGCUGUUGAAAUUGAUAUCGUGCCGGGACGAUCGCCAAUAUCUGUCGCUGCUGCUGCGAUUUACAUGGCCUCUCAAGCUUCAAACGACAAAAAAUCGCAGAAGGAAAUCGGCGACAUUGCUGGCGUCGCUGAUGUGACAAUCAGACAAUCCUACAAAUUGAUGUACCCACAUGCAGUAAAACUCUUCCCCGAGGAUUUCACUUUCGCAACUCCCAUCGAUCAGUUACCCCAGAUGUGAUACAGUAUUUAACACUUACAAAAAAACAAAAAGAAAAAAAAGAUGUUUCAUAAAUUUCGGUUGCAUAGAAUUAAGCAAGCGUAGAUUAACUCCUCGAUAAUAAGGGUAUGAAUAAUUCUCAUGCUUUUCAGUUAUCCAUCCUCCUGUUCUUGUUAAUCGUAGUUGACAUUCCUUAAAAAAUUUAUUGAAAAGAAAAACAAAACGAAAAUAUCGCCAAGGUUAAAUGGAAUUGAAAGAAGAUAUAUUUUUCGUAUGAAAGAAGAAAGGUAGACUUCAUAUUUUCUUAUUUGAAAGCCUUGUAUGGUUGAAAGCAACCACGAAAGUUAUAUUGACACUUCCCGUUUUUAUUUGUUAGUAACGCGUAGUGUCUUGGUUGUUUUUAUGCGUUAUAAUUAUUAUAUAAUAUAAUUGAUACUUCUAAAAUGAAGAAUGUUGACUAAAAUUUUUCGAAUGGUACUAUUGUUUUUAGUACGAAGGUAGAAGCAUAAAAACUUUGAUAGUAAUUGCUUGCGACUGAAAAUAGAAAGGAAGCAACUAUGGUUUGAUAAAAGAAAAGCAUAUCUUGAAAGCCAAGGACUGUAAAAUAAUCCAGGAAAAAAGUAUUAAGAGUAGUUUUUAUUUUGUAAGAAUUUAAGCGAACGUUAACACUUGAUUGAUUAGAUACUAGCAAGAAGUUACUGAUCUUUUUUUCCUUUUUCCUCGUGUGCAAGUUUCAACAUUUUAUAGUAGAUUUAUACUUGAUAAUUUAAAAUCAAUUUCCAAGUCUCGUAAUUAAAACUAGAAAUCUUGAAUAGUUCAAGACGCAAAAUUGCCUGAUCACAAACGCAAAUAAAAACUGGUAUUGCUUGAAAUUGUAAAAUUAUAUGAAUAAAUUGUAAAAAAUUUAGAAAAAUAACUUCGAGAGCAAGGAGCGUGUUAUGAAUGAUUAAAUAUUAUAAAUAAUCUAGGUAU